GUUUGUUUUAAUCGAGGAUGGAAGAUGAAUAAAAAGAUUAGGUCCAGAGUAGUGUGGACUGAGUUCAAAUAGAGCUGAUGAAUGUUUUGGAAUACGAAUUGCUUCAUUGUUUCGAGUGGGGAAGAAACUGAUGGACUGGUUUCGACUAGUAGCGUUGCUGAAUUUUCUAAUGUGAACGAUACAGAAUUGGAAGUACCAACAAAAAGAAUGUUACGUUUACCAUUAGCAAGAGUUAAGAAUAUGAUGAAAUUAAGUCCAGAUUGUUUAAUGAUAUCGCAGGAUUCUCUUUUUCUAGUAACUAAAGUCACGGAAAUGUUUAUUGAAUUUUUGGCUGUUGAAGCUGUAAAAAAUAUUGGAACUGGCAAAAGAAAAACUUUAUUAAAAAGAGAUGUAGAGACUGCUAUAGAAAAUAUACCUAGUUUGUGCUUUUUAGAUGGUGCUUUGGAAUAGGUAGUUAAAAAAUGCAUAUGUUAGGUAAUGAUAAUAAAAAAAUUUAAAUAAAAACAGGUGUGUUCUUAAAACAUGUUUAUUCUUAAAGCGUUUUAUUUAGCAUUUUUCUUGCAAAAAAAGAAAAUAUCCUAAUAUAUAUUGGAGCGUUUUAUUUGUUGCUUUUCUUAUUCCUACGACGGGUACUUUGAGUCCCAUCAUUUUGUCCAUAGAGAGUAUUUAACAGAUUUUCCAAAUCAGGUCUAUCGGUCUGAGCAGCGGGUGUAUGCCUUCUCGGCUGGUUCUGUUUUCCAAGC